AUGGCUGAAUCUGUAUCUGACGCCAUUGAAAGAGAUAAAAUUGGAAAAAUUAUAGACGAAGUUAAAGAGUUUGAAGAUUUUAUAUUCCCAGAUUACUUAAAAACUUUGUUUCUCUAUACAGGUUUUGAUAAUAUUCAUUCAAUAGCAGCUUUUAAUGAAUCGUCUAUGUUAGAGCUAGAACGAUUUGCUCGGGAAGACUUGCCCAAUUUAUUAGAUAACCAGGAAGUUAAAAUUGUUUAUGGUAUAUACGCAAGUAAACCAGAAAUGUUCAAAAUUCGUGAAGGUCAUAAAAAACUGAUUUUAGAAUUAGUUCACUUAUCAAUAAAUAAAUUAAAGAAAAUUAAAUUAACUGAAACGCAAUGUUCAAAAAUUAAGCGCAAAUGCUCGUGUGGAUGUAUGUGUUCAAAUAAAUCAAGCAAUAAAAAGAAGGUACAAAGAGAUCAAAGCUCGAAGCUAACAGUAGAAUCUAAUGAGACGUCCGAAACGAAAGUUGUACAAAAUAUAAGCAAUUAUCUAAAUGGCCUUAUAACAAAUUACAUUAAAAACUUAUUAAAAGAAUCUAACUUAGGGUUACAAAAUCAUAAUAAAGAAAGUAUAUCUAUAUUGUCAAGUACGAAGGAAAUAACAAUCAAUGUCAGUGAAGCUGAUCCUAACUCUGCGAAAAUAAAAUGUCCUUUAUGUUCCAUGUUCCUACGGAUUACUAAUACUAAACGUAAAUAUGGAACUCAUUGGGUGUUAUCCAAUUUUAACAAACACUUAAAAAAUCAUCUUACGCUUAAACAAAAACAAGUGCAAAAAACGACACUACAGAAGAAUUCUAGUAUAUUACCUUUCCUUAUUAAUCAACAACCUACUCAGACUGAAGACAUUUCUUCACAAGAGGUAAAUAAUGUUUAUAUAUUAGACCAGCCAGAAGCGGUACUGGAAAUAGGUGUACAACCCCCAGAAAGAAUAAAGAUGACUGAUCAAAAUCAAGAUGAAAACACUCACGUUAUGGAAGACCGGAUAGAGGAGGUACAGGAAUUAAGUUUACAACCACUAGAAAGAGUAAAUAUGACUGAUGAAAACGAGGAUGAAAAUCAAGAUGGGAACCGAGAUGAAAACAAUCACGUUAUAAUAGAUAAUUUAGAUGAGGUUGAGGAUUUUGUAUACAGCAGAGUUAUAAAUGAGGCCAAUAGUUCUGCUGCACCAGUUUGUGUACUAGAGCCUCCGAAAGCAGUAAAGUACAGCCAAAGAAGUUUGCGCAUUCAAAAUAUAUUAAUGUCUGCUGGUGCAAAUCAAAAUCAAACUAAAUUAACAGACUACUAUGAAAUCUUAAAUGUAGUGGAAAAAUUAAUAGAUGAAAACCCCCAAGUUAGAGCAAGUUUUAAUGAUUCAAUAAAGUCUACUCCUAUUAAAGAUAAUUCAACUACAUCUAUAGGAUUAUUACAAGCACUCCUAAAAACCGCCGAAAAUAAUAGCCAAUGCAACGCACAAAGGUAUAGAUUCUCUGAACCUCUAAAACUCUUUGGUCUUUAUAUUUUUAUGAUUGGUGGUCGAUUGCUUUACGAAACUUUAUAUUCAAACUUAUCACAAUCACUUCCUUCUAUAUCUACACUCAUGAGAACAUUAGAUAAUCAUCCAAAAAUCUCAGAAGGAGUUGUUAGGUUUACAGAGUUAAAAGACUAUCUUACAAAAAGGAAUUAUCCUAUGGCCAUUUUUGUGAGUGAAGAUCAAACUGCUAUUUUGAAGAGAGUAAAUUAUAAUUCAAAUUUAAAUAAACUUGUGGGAUUCUUGUUACCUUUAUGUAAAAAGAAAGGGUUUCCAUUAACUAACAAAUUUUACGUUAAUUCUGUUAAUGAUAUUUCACGUGCAUUUAUGAACGAGACAAUUUGCAAUAAUGCUUAUGUUUUCGCCGCACAACCAUUGGUGGAUAAAUCACCCGCUUUUUGUUUAUCAAUUUACGGAAGUGAUAAUGUAUUUCAACAUACUGAUGUACUUAAACGUUGGCAGUAUUUAAUAGCUGAAAGUAAGAAACAAGGGAUUGAAAUCAUGGGGUUUUCUUCUGACGGUGACACCAGAUGUUUAAAAGCAAUGAAGAUAUUUACUGGUUUACCCUCGGGUUUACCAGCCCAAGAAUGUGUAACAACAAACACCAUCAUAUCGUCUACAAUUAACCAAAAUAUCGAGGACCAUGACGAAAAUGCUACUGACAAUUUAAAUAACAAUCACGAUGACGAUGUUAAUGAAUCAGUAUAUGCAACCGUGUCACCUGAAACUGUAUUUGAAGAUAGAUUAUCUAGUAUUUCUGGAAAUAACAUGUAUAGUCCUUAUUUUCAGGCAAAAUUUGACACAACGCAACCAACUUGCUUUCAAGAUACUGUCCAUAUUGGUACAAAAUUAAAAACCAGGUUAUUGAAAGAUAAUAUUACUCUACCUAUGGGCGAGCAAUUGGUUUCCCGUAAUCAUAUUGAGGAGCUAAUAAAAACAUAUUCCAAAGACCAACAUUUUUUGUGCCCCAGUCAUUUAAAUGGUAAAGACAAAAUGAAUUUCGACGCUAUCGACAAGUUAUCUAAUAUGCGAGUCAUCGAUUUAUUGGAUAAUAUUCCAGAUAGUUCAGCUACUAGGCAGUACUAG